AUGUUUUCUAUCUCCAGCAAUGUUGUGACAAAGAAUUACCAGCAUGUCCUGGCCUUGAUAUUUGCUGUAAAUGAGAUUAAUAGAAAUCCCAAGAUUUUACCUAAUGCUUCCUUUGGAUUCCACAUCCCUGAGAGCUACUUCAGCCAGAAGUGGAGCUACCACAUUGCAAUGGAGUUUUUCUCCACACGCUACAGAUUUGUCCCUAAUUAUAACUGUGAUGUCAAGAACAACCUCAUAGGAGUCAUAGGAGGACUGGGUUCUGAAACCUCUUACUAUUUGGCUGCCAUCUUGGACAUGUAUAAGUUUCCACAGUUCACCUACGGUGAUUUUGUCCCCAUGCUGAAGGAUCAAUCUCAUUCACUGUCCUUGUAUCGGAUGGCUCCAAAUGAAAUCCACCAGUACAAGGGAAUUGUCCAGCUACUUCUGCAUUUCCAAUGGAUUUGGGUGGGUCUAAUGACCAUGAAGGAGGAAACUGGAGAAACAUUUUUGACCAACCUACUACCAGUACUUUCUCAGAACAGAAUCUGUGCUGCCUUCACUGAGAAAAUUCCUGUAAGAGCCUUUUUGGGUGACUUCUUAAAUUUGCAAGAAAAAUGGAACAAAAUAUUUUCAGACAUUAUAAAAAGUAAAGCCAACACUAUUGUUGUCUAUGGAGAAGCUUUGACCAUGAUAACAUUGAGAGGACUGCUGCAUGAAGGAGAAUCUGAGUAUGGGACAUCAUUUGGUAAAGUGUGGAUUAUGGUAGCCCAGAUGGACAUUGUAGCCGUGUCCAUGCACAAGGACUGGGAUAUAGAAGCCUUCCAUGGUGCCUUAGCCUUCACAGCCCACUCACAGGAGGUACCAGGAUUCCAAAAUUUUCUUCGAAAGCUAAACCCUCAUUUGAUGAAGGGAGAUGGCUUCAUCCGACCAUUCUGGGAGCAAGCAUUUGGCUGUUCAUUUCCAAAUUCCCAUUUUAAUGGAGAUGAUGUGGACACUUGUACUGGAGAAGAGAGGCUGCAGAAUCUUCCUGGGCCUUUCUUUGAAAUGAGCAUGACUGGCCACAGCUACAGUAUCUACAAUGCUGUACAGGCUCUGGCAAAUUCGGUACAUGCCAUGUACUUAUCCAUAUUCAAAUCUAAAGUCACGGUGGAAAGAAGGAAGCUACAGCUUAAAAAUAUGCAGCCAUGGAAGGUAGUACUUUUCACAGCAUUCUGCCUUCAUCAUGAGAGCCUGCAUAAUAUUCUGAGGAGCAUUUCGUUUAACAACAGUGCAAGAGAAAUCGUGCACUUGAAUGAGAAUGGAGAAUUGACAAUGGGGUUUGAUAUUACAAAUCUGAUUACUUUCCCCAAUAAGUCAUUUGUUAGAAUGAAAGUUGGAAGAAUGAAUCCUUGGGCUCCUCAUGGCAAACAUUUGAGCAUUGAUGAAGAUGCCAUUGUGUGGCCUAGAAGUUUUAACCAGGUGAUGCCCCUUUCACUCUGUAACGGCAACUGUCAACCUGGUUACCAGAAGAAGAAAAAGGAGGGGGAGCCAUUUUGCUGCUAUGAUUGUAUUCAAUGUCCAAAAGGGAAGAUUUCUCAUGAAGAAGAUGCAGAUUCUUGCACAAUGUGCCCAAAAGAUCAUUAUCCAAACAAAGAAAAAAAUCAGUGCAUUCCAAAGCUGAUAACCUUCUUGUCUUAUAAGGACCCUUUGGGGAUGAGUUUAGCUAUUUUUGCACUUUUCUUUUCCUUGAUCACUGCUCUAGUGCUAGGAGCCUUUAUAAUGCACCGUGACACUCCUAUUGUCAAAGCCAACAACCGGAGCCUCACCUACACCCUCCUCAUCUCCCUCCUGCUCUGCUUCCCUUGUGCUUUGCUGUUUAUUGGCCAUCCUGUGAAGGUGAUGUGUCUCCUCCGUCAAGUUGCAUUUGGCAUGGUCUUCUCAGUGGCUGUCUCUUCUGUGCUAGCAAAAACCAUUACAGUGGUUCUGGCUUUCAUGGCCACCAAGCCAGGAAGUAGCAUGAGGAAAUGGGUAGGGAAAAAGGUGGCCAACUCCAUUGUUCUUCUCUGCUCUCUUGUUCAAGGAAUUAUUUGUACCAUAUGGCUGGCAAUUAAUCCUCCAUUUCCAGAUAUUGACAUGAAUUCAGUGACUGAAGAAAUUGUACUUGAAUGUAAUGAGGGGUCUGUGACUAUGUUCUACUGUGUCCUGGGUUACAUGGGCUUCCUGGCUAUUGUGAGCUUCACUGUAGCUUUCCAGGCUAGAAAAUUACCUGACAGUUUCAACGAAGCCAAACUAAUCACUUUUAGCAUGCUUGUGUUUUGCAGUGUUUGGUUAUCCUUUUUUCCCACCUAUCUGAGCACCAAAGGGAAAUACAUGGUUGCUGUGGAGAUCUUCUCCAUCUUAGCCUCCAGUGCUGGGCUGCUGGGUUGCAUCUUUUUCCCUAAAUGUUACAUUAUUUUGCUGAGGCCAGAACUGAACAAAAGAGAUCACAUAAUAAAGAGAAAUGUUCACUGA